UAUAUAUAUAAAGACCUAAAGACAUUAUUAGGUUAAAAGUAAAGCGUGUUCGCCGUCGAAACCCUAACAUUUCGUCAUCACCCUGUUUAGAUCGGAACAGAAUCUUGAUUCGUUUGUUCUUGUACUAUACAGAAGAAUGUCUCGGUGUUUUCCCUUUCCUCCACCUACAUAUGCGAACAAAGGAGAGGCCUUGGACGAGUUGAUUAAGCUCCGAAAAGAUAAGGAGGAAGCAAAGUUGAAGAGGAAAGAACAUAAAUUGCAGAAAAAGUUACGGAAAGAACGUAUCAGAAGUACAGAGACAGAAAAAAGUGACGCUGAUGGAAAAGUGAAAAGGAAGGAAGAGAACUAUUCUCAAGAGAAGAAGAGGGAAAAUAACUUAUAUGGCGGGAACCUUUCUAAGGCAGCUGUAGAGGAGAAGCAUCCUCAACAGAAGAAGAGAAAGAAUGACUUGUAUGGUGGUAACCAUUCUAAGGCAGCUGCAGAGGAGAAAUAUCCUCUACAGAAGAAGAGAAAGACUGUUGUGGAUGAAUCUGAUCUAUUAGAAUCGAGUGAUUUAACUCAAGAACACGAGCAACCCACCUGUUCUGGAAGUGUUAGCUUUGUGUCUGAUAGCACUCAAAGCAACCCCAAGAAGAGGCGAUUGCACGAGUCAUUGUCUAAUGAUGGCGACAGUGAAAGAAAAAUUAUUCGUAUCAGGCUACGCAAGACUGCAUCUGAGGUUCAUGUAUUAAAGAGUUCAGGCAGUGGUUGUAUACCUAGUGUAUUGACGAAAACAGAAGUUGGUAAACAUAUCCUUAAACCUUGCCAAGAAUUGCCACUGGCUACACUGGAGGGGAGAAAUGAAACGAAGAGGCACGGGCUCAUUCUUAAACAAUGCCAAGAAUUGCCGUUGCCUCCACAAGAUAGCAGCAGGCAAAGCAAGAGGCCUGAAACUCAGAAGCUCUGCCUUAAACAAUCUCUAGAGUUGCCAUUGGCUGCCACACAAGAGAGCAAUGAAUCCAAGAGUAAUGAAGCUAAUAAACUCGACCUUAAACCAGAACAAGAGCUGCCAUUGGCUGCUCGCCGAGAGAGCAGAAAAUCCAGGAGGACCUCGAAGACCAGCUUGUUUAUUGAUGGUAGUCAAAGCUUGGAUCAGUUUUAUGGAGAUUUGUUAAAGCCUUGGCUUCUUCCAAGGCUUGAAGCAGAGCAUUGUGAUUCUGACGAAGACGAUUGGCUUCUUGGGUCAAAGCAAGAAAACAAGCAAGAUGCUACAAUACAUAAAGCCGCCAAUGUUGUGUCAUGUUCUAGGACCUCUAAUUUGUGGCCACAAGCUAACUACUUGCCGGAAGCUGACAUUUUUGGAUUGCCUUACACCGUACCCUUUUGAUAUAUUUUUUGUUAUUUAUUAUUUGUAGUUUACCCUUUUGAUAUUUAACUAACUUUUCAUUUGGUUUAGUGUCUUCUGAACCAAAGAACUGUAGUAUGGAAAUUUCACAUUACAAAGAGCUAUAAAGUCUGUACAUAUUUUACAACGAGCUCCAGUUUGUACUAUGUAUACAAAUUAUUAAAGAAUUUAAUUCAAUCAUCUAACUUCUGCUGCAA